UGUUGCGCAUGCAUUUGAGUGUGUGUAGAAGCAAAGCAUCCAUCCGUCAGAUCCGGUAUCCAUCAAACAAGAAAGUACAAAAGCAGUGGUUAAUGCCAGUGUCCUUCUAGCAGACAGUAUAGAGCAAGAACACAAGGCUUCCACAAAUUCUACGAAUCUAUCAAUUAUCAAAUAUCCAAUCCAGUAUGAGUGCUAAGAAAAUAACAACGGGGAAAGCCCACGUAAUCGAGAGCACGGCACAAUUUGAGGAAUAUAAAUCGGGAUGUGGAAACAUGCUCUUGGUUGUGGAUUUCCAUGCUCCGUGGUGUGGACCUUGUAGGUCAAUAGGUCCAGCAUUUGAGAAAAUUGCGACCGAGACGCUUGAUGCUUGCUUUAUCAAGGUGGACGUUGAUGAGUUGGAAGAUGUCGCUGCUUUAUGCGAAGUGAGUUGCAUGCCAACUUUCCACUUCUACAAAAAUGGAUCGCGGCUGAAGGUCUUCUCUGGGGCAAAUGAAACCACACUUAAGGAGCUCGUGGCAGAGUUCAAAUGAUUGGAGUCGCCUUUCAGUAUUUUCUUUUUCCAAAAUGUGUAGAGAUAUAUUAAGUAAACUGGGCCCAAUUUCCUAGAGCCACUUAAGCAGAAAGGAGCAGGAUACCAGUCACUAAAACAGCAUCAUCUUAAAGGGGCUUUGUCAUAAUGAUCACAGCAGGCCUGUGGCUGCGCAUGAACUCUCUCACCCAGCUACUGCACAAUUAUUGUGAGUACCGUAAUUACCAAUAGUGUCCAGUGCCAGCAACAUUACUUCUCUCAUCCUGACUGCGUAUACCAAGUUUCAAAACUAUUGGACUGACAUACUUUGUGAGGUCUCUGUACUUUUAAUGUUGUUCAUAAUAUAUAUGCACGGGGGACCAUGCAAGGGUCAGUUAUUCCCUAACUAGCCUCAUGCACUACACAAGAGAUAUUCUUGAAUCUUGUUUUAGUGCUGUACAUGUACGUUUGUUUUAUCUUUAGGAAAUGAGUGGUUACUAAGUACUUUGUUAAAUAAAUAUUGUGGCUCAUGCAGGGCACGUCAGAUUUCAAUGUUGCCAUCUGGUAUAUCCUUUCUGUUUCACCUUACAAAACCACAGAACUAGCUCACACGCGUCUUUCUACUAAUUAUUAUGGUUAAAUUAAAAGCUGCAUUAGGACAAGCAGCUGAUAAACAAUGCUUCACUUAAUAUGGAGAGCCAAAAGUAGACAACACAUUUUUCUCUAACUCUGGGAGAACAGAAACAAACUAAAUGUUCAAACAAAGUCCCGUUUCAAAAUGGGUAUUUCUUUUCUAGAAAUCAGAAAAAUCUCUACUAGCAAAUCUUUACUAGUGAGUGAAAGUUGCAUUGUUCUGCAAGUAGAAAUUUUGAAAUACCUGUUGUACCCUCUCAGACCACUGGUGUAUGAGGAAAUGAAAAAAAUUAGAGUUUCUGAUUGUACAAAAUGAACAUUUUGAAAGAAACCUUAUCUGAAAAUUAAGUCUGUUUUUAUACCAUAGUUUGGGAAAAUGGGUUGUCCACUUUAGUUGUCCACAUUUGCUGCAAAAGCAUGAUGGAAUAUGCAAGCAAUUGCUGGAUUUUUAUGAAUAGAAAACCUGGCACUAUUACCAGUAAAGAUGAUCAUGUUCACAGGGUUUAGGUUCCACAGGGUUUUUAAAUCAAACAUAACUUAACUAUAUCAUCAUCUCACCAUACUGAUCUCUUAUUUAGACAAUUGUUCCCCCGACUGAUUAAAUAAAAUAAAAAUGCUGCUUAUUACAAUUAUUAUACAAUUAAUAUGCUGGUACUAUAAAAACAACUGCAAUUAUUCAUGCUGCAAAUAUGGCAUGCUUUCAAGCAAGUUUUCCGUCGGUUUUUACUUUUGAGAUCAUGCCAUGUUAUAAAGCAUAUAAAUUUACACAAGGUCCGUGUGUACAAUGUGUUAAAUUAAUUUUUGUUUUAACUUCGUCGUUUCGCUCACUUCCGAUUGAGUCUUUUUAAAAAGUAAAAGUAAAAUCUUCCUGGUUUUCAAAAUUCAACUUUGGCAGUGCUAUUAAUUUUACACAGAUGAACAACAUUGUGAAGUCGAGAUGGUGAAGGGGCUGGGGGGGAGGGCUUCAAAACAGAGCUUUCAGUUUAGGGUAAGGUUAACAAAAAUGUUUUCUUGUGCCUAAACGUUAUGUGGGAGAAUUGCAGGAAACCCAAGUGCCCCUCAGCCUUCAAAGGUCUGAUCUAACUUAAACUUUGCAAUCAUAGCAUGAUAUUUUUUUCAAUGAGAUUCGCUCUCUUUUUCUCUUUCAGCUUUUGGCAAGAGAGAGCACAUUUUUUAUUUUCUAUAACCUGUACUUAAUGUUUCCAAAUAUUAAUUGUUUGGGAAGGCUAAUUCCUGGAGCUUUCCUGUGAGAAUUAUUGGUGUUUAAAUCAUAAUUAUUUAUCAGAGAAAUAUUGUAAUUUUGACCACUGUGUAUGGGUUGCUUUUAUUUGUAAACUUGAAGCCAGCAUUGUUCUGACCAUUUUCUCCUCACAUGUUGUAAUAUUUCAAUUUGUAUUGUUGUACUGUUCACUUGACUGGGAUUAAAAUAAAUACAAGGGCUAGAUAGAACAAAGAUAAAAAUUGUCAAUUGUUACCCGUUAUUUUUUGGUUUCAACGUUCUGGCCCUAAUGCAUGAGAAAUGGUUAGGCCCUAAUGUGUGAGAAAAUGGUUGAGGUGCUUGUGAGCGCGAGACAGAACCCAGAGGCACGACUCUCGCACCUGGGCCCAAUUUCAUAGAGCUGCUUAGGAAGAAAA